GUCCAUUUGGUGUUUCCUUUCUUUUCGCAGUCUGGGACAAGAACUAUGGCUUUCAACUGUACAUGAGUGAUCCAAGCGGCAAUUAUAGUGGUUGGAAAGCUGCAGCAAUGGGGGCCAACAAUCAACCAGCACAGGCAAUUGAGAAUGUUUCAGCUAUCUGAUUACGGGAUAGGCUGUUCACUGUCUUGUCCAUGAAUUCAUGCCUAGAUUUUGUGUCUUUAUUCACCUCCUUAGAUUGCAAAGUCCGCAGCCUUGUUCUAAUGGGAAAUUGGAAUUUACAAUUAGGUUCUUUUUUAUAAGUAAUAUGUGUGGUGCAGUCUCCUAUAUACUUGUUAUGUUUCAUAAUGACAUUUUGACUCGGUGCUGGAUAUAAUCGAAAACAUGAAGCAGUAGAGCCCAUCACCUUCAGUUUUCGAAGAGAGACCUCAAAUUUGGAGAUGUAAAAAAUGCACUGAUCUGGGGCUUUUAUUUAGUGCAUACCUUACCACAGAUUGAUACCAAUUUGUAUCAAUUUAGGGGUUAUUAGGACCCGUCAAACUUAAAGUAUAUAGUAAUUAGAAAGAUGACAGAGAAAGUUUUGACUGGGUUCUUAUAAAAAUAAGCAAAUCCAAAAAAUAGCGCAGUAUUCCAUUAAAAAAAAUUCUGAUUUUAAGACCAAUUGGCUGUAUUCUCAUUUCUCCAGCUAUUACUAUAUGUCCAAGUCCAACCGCCCUCUCUCCUUGAUGUGAUUUUUCUUGGGAAUUGUAUCAAACAACAAGAUCUGCAAGUAGCUUAAAUUUGCUUCUAACAGAAAACCAUGGCUGAAAAUCAAGAAACAGUUUUCAAGUCAGUACAAGAACUAGCAAAUGACAAUCAAGUUCCAGAAAAGUAUAUUCAUACACAAGGGUCAAUCAAUAGCUCUUCUCCCAUGCUGAAUGUGCCAGUAGUUGACCUUAGCCUUCUCACAUCCCCUGCCAGACAACAAGAGCUCAACAAACUUCAAUCAGGCCUCAAGUUUUGUGGCUGCAUCCAGGUCAUAAAUCACGGACUAGCAGAUUCAUUUCUUGACAAAGUGCAUGAAAUUAGCAAACAGUUCUUUGCUCUUCCAGCUGAAGAGAAGCUUAAAUAUGCCAGAACAGUUGUUGACAUUUAUGGAUACGGAAACGAUUCAGUUCUUUCAGAUAAGCAAAAGCUUGAUUGGACUGACAGAUUGUAUCUAAAUGUGUUCCCUGAAGCUAUAAGAAACCUCAAAUUGUGGCCCCAAACACCUGAAUGUUUCAGGGAAGUUUUUGAAGAAUAUAUCAAUAAUAUGAAGUUGUUGAGUGAGUCCCUCCUUAAGGCCAUGGCAGUGUCGUUGAACUUGGAGGAGAACUGCUUUCUGGAUCAGUGUGGAGAAGGCAGAGAGAUGAUUGCAAGAUUCAACUUCUAUCCUCCGUGUCCAACACCUGAGGUUGUACUUGGAAUCAAACCACAUGCUGAUGCAUCGGCCAUUACCAUCCUUUUGCAAGACAAAGAAGUUGAGGGGCUUCAGGUUCUCAAAGAUGAUCAAUGGUUUAGAGUACCUAUUGUCCCAUAUGGUCUCCUCGUUAAUGUUGGAGAUCAAGUAGAGAUAAUGAGCAAUGGUAUCUUUAAGAGCCCCGUGCACAGGGUGGUAACGAAUGCAGACCAAGAAAGAAACACCCUUGCUGUUUUCAUUAUGCCAGAUGUAACUGUUGGAAUUGGACCAGUGGAGAAGCUUAUCAAUGAGGAAAUGCCAAGAGCAUACAAAGACGUUAAGAAUUAUGUUGAACUCUUCUUCCAAAGCUAUCAGCAUGGGAAAAGACCAAUUGAAACAGCAAUGAUAUGCCAAGAACAAGAUUAGCUGUCAAUAAAAAGCUCCCUUUCUUGUUAUUCCAUCAAACCCCCGCUACAGUAUGUUUGUCUCUAUUUUUAUUUUUACUAGUCGUUGUUGCCUUUGCCGUACACGAGCUCAACACUAAGAUCUCAACAUGCAAGAUCUUGAAUAGGAGAAAGACAACAGUUUGAUCUAGAACCUAUUGUAAUUCCUUUACAAAAUAUACAUAUUCACAAUAUUUACCAAGCAGGAUGAAUGAAAGUUGUUUUGCGACUGAAUA